AUUUUAUUUACUACGCUAUAACUACAAAAAAAUAUGCGGCACAACAGCCCGGCCACUCAACUCGCGCUUGUAGCAACAACACUAUUGCUAACUACAGCCAUCCGCUGCCUCCUCAACAACUACCUCCUUCAAAUCACUCCAGCCAACACCAACCUUACCUACACGCAAAACCUCACCACCGGCAUCCUGACUAGCCUUUCCUCAAUCAUUGCCAUUCCACUCACAAACCUCGUCGGCCCCCGGCCCAUCUUCCUUUUCUACACGCUCACAAACACCCUUUACGCAGGAUCCAUCAUUAUAUUAUACCAAUACAACACCCACAUAUACUAUAAAAUUGCAAACAUCCUAAACAUCAUGGGCAAUGAAUUUGCCCGCGUCGUAACUUUUGGUUUGGUGCUAGCUUAUCCUGCGGAGAAGUGGAAGGCAAGGACACUGGUCGGGUUUCUUAUCCUGGAGUACUUCUCGGUUACUGUGGGAGACAUAAUCAUCAUCAGAAACAUUGAAACAUCAGAGUUUGAGAGAUUUCACGCCGCCAUAUCCUUUUUGUGCAUCACGAGCCUGGCGCCCCUGCCGGUAUUGGCAAUGAGGCCAUCAUCAGGCAGCGUGGUGCGCAGUAAUGGCGUGCACCUGGUGACCCGCAAAACCACUGCCUGGCGGGAAGUAGCCCAGACCCUUGGAAUAUUCACUAACCGACAUACAGUGGGCCGGCCGCCGCACCUGCGGGCUCUUCGGCCUAUCCAUCCUCGUGUUUUUUUGCGUUUCAAUUGGGAUAUCCGCAGCCUUGCGUAUUCUCAAAUACAAUUUGACCGGACUCAAUCCUCUGUGGCCACAGGAAAUUCAAGCACAGUUUAUCAUGGAUGCAGUCCUGUCCCAGCAGUACAAUGCACUAAUGUGUUCGUAUUUUUUUGCCGGCGCUACUUCCAGCUUUAUUGAGUUGUUUGGGUACUGGGUCAUGGGCACAUUGACGAAUGACUUGAGGGCGAGUGCAUGGUUUGUCAGAAUUUAUCAUUGCUUUAUGGCGCUGGGCGGGGCGUUGGGAUUUUGGCUGCCGCAUAUUACUAGGCGUGGGGGGUUUACUUCGAAUGUGCCAAUGUUUGUUGCUAGUGGGCUGACCGUGGUGUCGUUUAUCGGUGUUGGGCUUGUGGUUGGGAGGAUUGCGGAGACAAAUGAUUGGACUUUGGACAGGAUUAAUGAGCAGGCUACAGUGUAUCUGGAGGAUACUGGUGGUGAGGUGUGCUUAGAUCCGGUUGUUAUUGUACCAGAUGUCAAGUAUCACCAUAAUGAGUCC